CCGUUCCAGGAGAGACAGAUGGUCACUCACAUCACCCACACGACAAUCACAUUCAAGAUCAUGAUCGUCAACUACCACUUCUUCGAGGACAAGUUCUUCAAGAGUUGUCAGAUGUAGAACCAGCCCUAAACCUUGACCUUCGCAACAGAGGACUCGCCUCCUCGACGAUAUUCGCGAAUCUAUGCGUCUUGAAAUUGUUCGCAAAUAUCAUGGUGGUCAGAUGGCUGAUGACGCAUCAAGCAACAGACAUGGCUCUUCAACCAACUCCCCGGAAUAAUGAGCGUGUUGAACAGGGAGAAGAAGGUUCGGGCGAAUUAUUUGUAUUCAAAUGAGAUGAAGCGGGUCAAAGCGCUACUUAACCUUGAAGACUUCCAUGAAAAGCCUGAAGUCAAAGAGGCGAUUUCCAAUUUGUCUACACACCCUACGCCAUACAAUUUGAUAAACAAGAUCAACAAGGAAAGGCGGCGUUCAAUGAACGCAACCCCCAUAUGACCCAGCAACAAGAACCAAUGGCAAGGAGCCCAGGCGGACCCCAAACAAAAACAGGACAGGGCAAAGACAGAGCAACAUUCAACUAAGAGCCCGGUUCCUUAUCUCUACUCUUAUUAUCGACGGAGGGCCAAGGCCCUCCGUCAUUCAAAAUAUAAGUUUGACCGAGGUGGACAUGGCGGAAGAAGUAAAGUUGAAAGACAGAACUACAUACUGGGAAUAUUCUACCUUGCAUGCAAAGAUGCAGCCUUUCGGGCAAUCAAACAGUUGAGACAUUCGAUAUAUAAUUCCAAAUACCUUUUUUGUCUACCAAAUGGCAAUCAGAUGUCAAGUAGCCGUGUCAACUACGAGCUCAAUAUGACCUGGGCAAUUUGCGAAAUGCGUAAGACGUAUGGUCCGUUCAAUGCCACUCUCAACAGGAAACGCCUAGCCACAAAAAUGGCGACAAUCUCGCCGUUGCUUUCGCGCCAAAUGGCGAAACAACUCCGACACGCUUUGAACACACACCAGAAAUAUUACAAAAUGGUACAUGGGCCGGACGAGGCUGCAAAAGUGAUACACGAGGCCAGAAAGACAAUACAGGUACAGGCGGAGGUACACGCCACCGAACAAGGACAAGAAGGAAACAACAUACACGAGGCCAGAAAUUCAAUACAGGUAAAGGCGGAGGUACACGCCACCGAACAAGGACAAGAAGGAAACAACAUACACGGGGCCAGAAAUACAAUACAGGUAAAGGCGGAGGUACACGCUCCCGAACAAGGACAAGAAGGAAACAAAAUACUAGAGGAAACUUCCCCUCCCCAUUCUCCCGGACAGCUAUAGGAUAACAGAACAGCACAGUGGGUGCUUAAAGUAGAUCCCGAUCUAACCUCACCCCUGUAUGCAUCACCCUUACCUGGGAUAGGAAACAGCAGCUGAACAUCAUCUGCUGGAAG